AUGAAGACAGCUGGUAGGAGGCUCAAUGCACUAGUAUCGUUUACGUUCAAUCCCACAGUCAUUCUUCUUCUGGCCGUGUUUCUAUUUUCAUUCUUUGUGGCAAAGGCUCCCCCUGUAUCAGACCUGAGAAUAAGAGAGUACAAGGCAUAUGGAAGGACCCAGGUUGUAUUUUUUGAGCCAAGCAUCGAUCUCUCAAGCCAAUUUCAUUUUAACCUGAAGCAGAUAUUUGUGUAUGUAAGGGUUAUUUAUGGCGGUAAAGCAGACAAGUCCGAGAUUAUUUGGAGUAGGAUCAUUGGAUGGAAUGACUCCAAGAAGCUUAUAGGGGUAUUCAGGAGUACAUAUGACAUCGCUGGGGAUCUUUCCGAUAACCCCUGCUUUGAGCUUCGGGGAUGCUACUUCCCACGUGUUGGGUGGAUUAGAGACAUUCUCUUCUGCAAGACAGAUGUUAAGAUCUAA